AUAUUUUAAAAAUUUUUAUUUUAUUAUUAUAGUAAAAAGAAUAGUUUAAUCAUUAUUUUUUAAAAAAAAGAAAACAGAUUUUUUUCAAAUCAUUAUUUUAUUUAAAGCGUUUUUAGUAUUUAAAGAAAUAGAAUAUUUUUGAAUCAAAUUUGUAAAUACAAAAAUAAUAAAAUCAAUCAAUAUUUCAAUCAAUCACUAAUUAAUCAAUCAAUUAAUACAAUAAUACCCGUAAUUGUAAUUUUAAAUUCCUUUUUUAAAAAAAAAAAAACAAACACACUUUUUUUUUUUUUUAAAAUAUUUUAAAAAUAAUUUUUUUUUUAAAAAAAUUAUAAAAAUAGAAUAUUUAAUCACCACAUCAAACAUAAAUAUAGAAAUAUAAAUAUAUAUAUAAUAGUAAAUAUAAUAUAUAAAUAAUAGUAAUAAAAUGACUAAAGAAAAAACAAUUGUAGUCGAAAAAGACGAAGAAGAUGAAAUUGAAUCAGUAAAGGGACCAACCAGAUCAAGUCCAUUUCAUUUAUUAGGUGCAUUCUGUUUUAUUACAGCAAUUAUAGCAGGUGUAGUAUGUUGUCUUGUCAGCACAUUAAUUAAAGGAAUUUCAUCACAAACUCGAGGUUAUAUAUUUUUCGCAACUUUUGCAACAUUUAUUGUGUUAUUAUUCUUUUGUUUAUGUUGUACCUAUUAUUUAGGUGCCUCAAGAGAAGCAUGGGAAACUCCACAGCAUACAGAUGUACGUUGGAAUUUUACAAAUAUUGUAGCAAUGGCAGGUUUAUUUGUAGAGUUUGUCCAAAUUUGUUCAUUCUCAUUCAACGAGUCGUUCGGACCCUAUUUAGGUUCAUAUAUUUUCAGAUACUUUAACUAUACAGCAACACCAUAUCCAAAGGGAGGAUAUUUUGAAGUUGCCUAUUGGGUAAUGUUUGUUGUAGCUUUCUCACCAUACAUUUUCGUUAUUGCAAUUCGUAUUCUUAUCUACAUGUAUGGUAUCAAAAGAGGUGCAGAUUCAGCCGCUAAUGUUGUAGAGCGUUAUCAAGAUAACAUUUACUCUGUACUUUGGUUCCUUGUAAAUACCUUAUAUUUCCCAGUAAUCACAAUGAUGUUAACUGGUACAUCUUGUACUUUUUCGAAGAGUGAUUCAUCCGAAGAAAUUGCAUCAUCUGCAAUCGAUUCAUUAAUAUCAUCAGUAUCAUCAUCAUCAGGUUCAUUUUUACCAACUUUAGAUGCCGAUUCAGAUAUCAUUUGCUUAGAGGGUCGUCAUAUUGCAUUUUUAGUUUGUACAAUGAUUGCUUUAAUCAUUUACUAUCCAGCCGCUUCUUUUGCUCAAUCUCAAACUCAAAAUAUCUCUGAUAUCAAAUUCAAGCCAAAGGUUGUUUUCGUAAUGUUACAAGGUAAAUUCUUAAUGGGUGCUCUUUGUGUUAGUUUUGGUUACAAAAAAUAUGACGUUUAUCUUUCGACCGUUGUAAUUAUAAACUUUUUCUUUUUAGCUUUAAAUGUUUGGUUCCAGCCAUGUCUUUUACCUUGGAUCAAUCGUCUACGUACAAUAUUUUUCUCUUUGUCGUUCUGGGCUUCAAUUGUUUUAGUUAUCAGUCACACAAUGUUUUAUCCAGAAAGAGAAGAUGAUAAAAAAGUUUUACCUUUAAUUUUAUUAUUGGUUGGUUGGGCCAUUAUUAUUGCGUUCUUGGUGGUGUUCUUUGCGGGUUACUCUAAAUUCUUAAAUAGAAUGAGAGAGUUAUUCAAUAAUAAAUUUAAUCGUAACCAACCACCAACACAACAAUCACAACAAGCUGAAGAUAAUGGUGCAUCUCAAACCCGUAAAAAGAAAGCAAAGAAAACUGUAAAUUCAGAUAGAGAAAUGGAAGAAAUGGCCAACUAUAAUAAUAAUAAUAUUAAUAAUAAUAGUAAUAAUAAUAGUAAUAAUAAUAAUAAUAAUAAUAAUAAUAAUAAUAAUAAUAAUAUUCAACCAGUUACACAAAAUAAUAUAGCUAAUAAUAUAGAUAGUGAUUCAGAUAGCUCAGAAUAAAUGAUCUAAAAAAAUAUUUAUAUAUAUAUCUUUAAACAAAAAUAACAUAAAAUAUGUUUAUAAAAAAAAACUUAAAAAAAAUUAAAAAAUAAAAGUUUAAAAAAAAAUAUAAAAAAUAAAAUAAUUAUU